AUGUCUUCCAUUAAUAAUCAAUAAUAGAAGUAAAAGUAGGGUUCUAAUCAGUCUUACAAGACUAAUCAGGAUUCAAGCAAAUAUAAGCACAGUAAGUACUAUGAUACAGAUGAGGAAGAGAAGGAGACAUAGAGCUAAAGAAGCCAUAAUUAUCAGAAGGGGAAAAAUAAUCAAAACCAGGAUGCAAAAAUAAGCAGGAAAAGUCAAAAUCAAUAUGAGAGUCAUCCAGUUAAUGAUUCCUUUAAGCAUUCUGGCUAAAAUACUGAUCAGCAUUCAAGUCACAGACAAGAUAGAAAUAGCUAUAAUAAUUAAAAUACUGAUCAGUCCUCAUCGCUGAGAAGUAUAAAUGCUAAUCAAGCAUUGUAACAACAGCAACAAUAUCAAGAGAGUAAUAGCAAUUAAAGGUCGAAGCAGACCAUUCAGAAUCAAUAAAAUUAAAUCAAUGAUCCUUCUUAUCAAUAACUCUCUCAGAGAAACUAAAAGCCUCCAGAAAACAAAGAGGUGGAUUCAAGUACUAGCAGCAGCCCCAUAGAGUACGACCCAGAUAACUUUGAUAUAGAGGAUUUCGUUAAUCAGUUCAAGUUUGCACCUGACCCAGAAGAGGAGGAAUAACCAUAGGCUGUUAAUAAUAAUAAUGAAGGUCAAUAUGUAGCUUAAUCAGCAAGAGGAAAUUAAGAAGGUUAAAGCAAUCCAAUCACGAAUAGAUAAAUGCAAACCUUAAGUGAUUAAGAAGACUAGGAAGAAGAAAAGCAGGAAUCAUCUUUCGAAAGUUUUCACGAUAGAGCAGAUGAUAGCGACUCAGAUGACUUAAACGAUAGUGAGCUAGGGGGAAUGUCUCACAGACAGCAUAGCAAAAGAAGUUUUAUACCUAUUGAGUUCGCUAAAAAUCACAUUCAAAAGAUCGAAGAGGAUAUGAAGCGUAUGCAUGAUAGGCAUGUUGUCUUGAUGAGAGAGAUGGAUGAGAACUAUAAGCUUAUUGAGAAGGAAACCUAAGACUAUUACCUUGAAUUUUUGCAGAAAUGGAAAGACGUUGCAAAAAGUAAGAUUACUUAAUAUAGAAAAGCUAUUGACCUGCUUUAUAAUGAGAAAGAUCAAAUAUAAAAGGAAAAGGACAAAGCAAUUGAAAAUCUAAAUGAAAAGUACUUGUAGCUGUAAAGAGAGAAGGAGAAGAUACUAAGAGAUCACAUCAACGAUAUACAACUAAGGGAUGAUGAGAGAGAAAUGAUGAAGAAGAAUUAUGAGGAUGAGAUUAGGAAACUCGAAAGAGAAAGGCAAGAUCUCAGGUAUAAGGUCAAUGACAGAGAUCAGAAAAUAUUAGAAAUUGAAAGAGACAUGCUAAGAAUGAAAGAUGAUUUCAAGGAAAAAGAGGAUAUUCUAGAGAUUGAAAAUAGCAAGCUGAGAAAUGAAUUUGAACUGCGAAUCAAUGAGUAUGAAAACACUCUCAAUAAAAAGAUAGAGGAGAAUAAAUCACUUUUAAAUAACAACCAGUCACUGACUUAGAAAAUCUAGAGUUUAGAUUAAUAACUUCAAAACAUUAGUGUUCUUUCAAGUUCCAACGGUACAAUGUCGAAUGCAAGUGGUCCUUAGAACCUUAUUAAUGUUUAACCUUAGAAUUAAAGUCUACCUCGAACAUUCAAUGUAUCUCAGAUAAAAAAUUUCAAAUUGAAUAAAAAGCCUAAUGAAGGAGCACCUGGGGGAGGCCAAGUUCUGAAUAAAAAUCCUGGUAAUAGUAACAACUAAAGCAUAUAAAUCUUAAAAGAAAAAAUAAGUUUACAGAGAAAUUAAAACUCUGAUAAUGUUAAAAUUACUUAGCUCAACAAUGCUGGAAAUAACUCGUUUAUCAAUCAGCCUAAAAUUAUUUCUAAUCUUAACAUCUAGAACUAUUCUACUCUUCCAAAGAAAAAAGAGGAAUUAAAGGAACUGCUUGAGAUCGAUCCUUAUUAAGCUUAAAUCGAGGACUUGAAAAAAUAAAUUGAGGAAAAAACAAAAGAAUAUGAUAAAAAAUUGGAGAAACCGAAAAAAGAAAAUAAGGAAUUGGGAGUAGAAAUCAAUAUUGAGAGAGAAAAAUUUGCAAGAGAAACUGGGAAUUCUAAGAAUGAUUAUAAGAUACCUAGAGACGAUCCUCGUCUCUUUAAUAUUGGUAUGAAAUAUCGCUAGAAUUCUGACAUUAUAAAUAAAUUAGAUGCAGAAAAAAAAUAAAUUAUCUCAUCUCUUGAUCAAUAAUUGAAAGAAAUUUUAUCAUAACAAUAAUAACACACUCUAAAUGCUCCUUAGAAGAGCGCUAGAGGAAGCAAAUCAAUGAGUCCAAGAAAAUAAAGUGCAAUAAAGGCUUCGGAAAUAAAACAAUAAAAUUAAUCUCAAAGCAAAGUUCAAAGCGAUAAGAGUUUAAGUUAAGAAGAGGAAAAAAUAUAAGUUGAAGGGUAAAAGUAAACAGACUAAAAUAAUAGUGAUCAGAAACUGUAGGAGUUCAUGAAAUAAUCAAUAAGUCUUCUCUAAUUGGUAGAUUAGAUUAUGUCGAAGUUUGAUGAUUAUAUAAAAGCAAACGUAAUGAGCGAGGUAAAUGAACUGAGAUAAAGGCUGCUCUCUUAGAGUUUGAUAGAUAGUAAUGUUGUCAAAGAAUAGUAUAAAAAGUAAUCUUCAGAAUAUCAAAAAGCAAUUGAUAAUUAAAAACAGCUUGGAUUAAGUUUUAAGAAAAUGACCUAAAUUAUUAAGGAAUUCAGAGAUGAAAUUGAGAGAUUCAAGAAAAGACCAAGUGGUGUUGAUUAAAGUGCGAUAAACAAUAGUAGAAUAUCAGAUUCAAACAUCUCUAUGUUGGAGGAAGAAGAGAGGAAAACUUAUGAAAAACAAUUCAAAACUCUUGAAGAAAAGGCUAAAUUAGGAAUUAAAACAAGAGAAGAAAAAAUUAUUUAACUUAAAAAUCAGAUAUAGAAACAAACAAAUGACGGUCAAGAAAAGAUAAAGUAAUACUAAGAUAAGAUGUAAAUUCUUGAAAAACGAAUUAAUGUGCUUCAAGAUGAAAAUCAAAAUGGUGAGGCUAUGCUAUUAAGGUAAAUAGAAGAGCUCUAAAAGAACUAUGAAAUGAUCAAGUGCAAGCAUUAGAAUGAAAUGUAUCAAAGGAAAAUGCUUCAUAAUUAGAUUGAAGAUAUGAAAGGAAAAAUAAGAGUGUUCUGUAGAGUAAGACCUUUGAAUUAGCAGGAAAAAGAUAUGUAAUGCUUAGAAGUGGUAAAGGUUCUAGAUGGCUAGAGAGUCUAACUACCAAUUAAAAAUGAUGGUAUAAAAGGAGGCUCAAUUGAAAGAGAAUUCGACUUUGACUCAUGCUUUGAUAAAUUUUCAAGUUAGGAUUAAGUUUUCGAAGAUGUCAAAAUGCUUUUACAGAGUGCAAUGGACGGAUUUAAUGUUUGCAUUUUUGCAUAUGGUCAAACUGGAAGUGGUAAAACAUUUACCAUGUAAGGAUCAGAGGAGAAUCCUGGUAUUAUUCCUAGAGCUCUUACUUAACUAUUUAAUAUUAAAAGACAAAUGGAGAUGAAUAACUUUACUAUUCAUUUUGAGUGCUAUAUGGUAGAGCUAUAUAUAAACAAUCUGAUUGACUGCCUGUUCGAUCGAUAAUCAACUAGAGAUAGGCCACCCUCACUAGAUAUAAGAGAAGACUAGGGGAGAACUUAUAUUGAAAAUGUUACAUAAGUACCGAUAGAAGGCAUCGACGAUCUUAAGAACUGUUAUAAUAAAGGCCUAAAAACAAGGAAAGUAUCAAGCACUAAGAUGAAUGAUAUGUCCUCUAGAUCUCAUAUGAUUUUUACAAUUGUCAUUAACACCUUUAAUGAACAGACUAAAUAAAAAACAAUGAGUAAAAUCUCUUUUGUGGAUCUAGCAGGCUCCGAGCGAUAAACGAAGGCUUAAGGAAUAAAUGAAAGAAUAACAGAGGCUAAUUCAAUUAACAAAAGUUUAUUCAGUCUGGGUCUAGUUGUAAGAUAGCUAACCCAGAAUGAAAAGCAUAUUUCUUAUAAUGAUAGUAAACUCACUUAGCUUAUGAAGGAUUCUCUGGGUGGUAACUCUAAGACCCUAAUGUUUGUUAAUAUUUCACCAUCUGAAUAUAACUUACAAGAAACUAGAUAAUCUGUGAUAUUUGGUUAAAAGGCCAAGUCUAUCGUUAAUAAUGUCCAAAAGAAUGUAGAGUCAUAGGAAAUGCAAAAGCUAAAGGAAGAGAAUGACCAACUUAAGAGACUCUUAUAAAAUACUACUACCUUGAAAACUACAUCUGCGACUCAGAAAAGCAUGAUAAAACAAUCUUGA